AUGGGGAACGGCUCAAUAAAGUCUAAGCGUUUCAAACAAACAGACAGCAACAGUGUUGCAUCCAGUGGCCGGGCCCACAGAGACCAAGCAAGGGGAUCCAAAAGCUCUCCCCUGGAUGUCCUGAGAGCCAGGGUGGAGGAGCUAGAGAGAGACCGCAAGAGGAAAGAUGAGGAGCUUUGCACCAAGGACCACCAGAUUAAGGGGCUUCAUGAGCAGCUAGUCAAACAGACACAAGCACUAGCAGAGCUUGGUGAGCAGCUGCAGAGCAAGUGCAUCCAGCUGAACAAGCUGCAGGAUGUGAUGCGGAACCAGAUCGGAGCCUCGACGGGCCUCGGGCUGGGCCUGGCAUCGGGGUCCUCAUCCCUCAAAGCCGGCGGCAAGAGCAGCCCCAACUUUGGUAGUCUCAUCAGGGGAACCCUAAAUAGGCGGAAAGGGGCCAAGGCAGGUGUGUCUGCCGAACCCACCUCCAGAACCUACGACUCCAGCAGUCUACCCAAGUUCUCCUUUGAGAAGGCCCGUGUGCCCAAGGACGCAAGUGUGAAGAAGUUGCUCGUUGAUGCCCUGAAUAAAAACCAGUACCUGAGGAGACUGGAGCAGCAGAUCAAAGACAUGGUGGAGUGCAUGUAUGAGAGGACCUACCAGCAAGGAGAGUAUGUCAUCAAACAGGGGGAGCCCGGUCACCAUCUGUUCGUGCUGGCAGAUGGUAAGCUGGACGUGUUUCAACAAAACAAACUGCUCACAUCAAUAGCAAUCUGGACCACAUUUGGUGAGCUGGCCAUACUCUACAACUGCACUAGGACUGCAUCAGUCCAAGCUGUCAACAAAGUGACGACAUGGGUCCUGGACCGGGAAGUGUUUCAGAACAUCAUGAGGAGGACGGCUGAGACCCGCCACGAGCAAUACCGCAACUUCCUCCGAAGUGUUUCACUCUUGGCAAAUCUACCUGAGGACAAGCUCAGUAAAAUCGUGGACUGCCUGGAAGUGGAAUACUAUGACAAGGGAGAGUUUAUCAUCAGGGAGGGAGAACAGGGGAGCACCUUCUUCAUCAUCUCAAAGGGGAAGGUGAAGGUUACGCAGAGCACGGAGGAGCACAAAGUACCCCAGAUCAUCAACACGCUGCAGAAAGGAGAUUACUUUGGAGAGAAGGCACUUAUAAGUGAUGACGUCAGGUCAGCCAACAUCAUUGCUGAUGAGAAUGGGGUGGAGUGCCUGGUGAUUGACCGUGAGACAUUUGAUCAGACAGUGGGAACCUUCAAUGAGAUUCAGAAGUGCCUCCAGGGCUACGUGGCCACGUUGGAUCGUGAUGACAGGAAGAGACACGCCAAGAGGUCGGUGUCACGCCACCAGAGCCAGCCGCUGUCCCCAGAUGUGAUCCAGCUGAAGGAGAAGGUGUCUGCUUUCCCUUCCUCCAUGCCCUUUGAAAGCCUGGAGGUCAUCGCCACGCUGGGGGUCGGAGGCUUCGGGAGGGUUGAGCUGGUGAAGGUGAAAGGUGAGGACAUGACCUUUGCUCUAAAGGUCAUCAAAAAGAAGCACAUUGUGGACAACAGGCAGGAGGAGCACAUCCACUCAGAGAGGAAGAUCCUUGCUGAGGCUCGCUCUCCUUUCAUUGUCAGACUUUACCGCACCUUCAAGGACAACAAGUGUGUGUACAUGCUGCUGGAGGCGUGUCUGGGUGGGGAGAUCUGGAGUCUGCUCAGAGACAGAGGGAGUUUUGACGAGCCCACGGCCAAAUUCUGCGUGGGUUGUGUCACUGAGGCCUUCGACUACCUGCACCGCAACGGUGUUAUCUACAGAGACCUGAAGCCAGAGAACCUCAUGCUGGACGCAGAGGGAUACAUCAAACUGGUUGACUUUGGCUUUGCCAAGAAGAUCAGGUGUGGCCAAAGGACUUGGACCUUCUGUGGGACACCGGAGUACGUUGCCCCGGAGAUCAUCCUCAACAAAGGCCACAACUUUAGCGUGGACUUCUGGUCUCUGGGCAUCCUGGUCUUUGAGCUCCUCACUGGCAGUCCUCCGUUCUCAGGCAGUGACCAGAUGAUGACAUACACAUUCAUCCUGAAAGGUAUCGAGAAGAUGGACUUCCCAAAGAAGAUCACCAAGAGACCCGAGGACCUCAUACGCAAACUGUGCAGACGGAACCCCGCAGAGCGCCUCGGCAAUCUGAAAAAUGGGAUCAUGGAUAUCAAGGUGCACAGGUGGUUUAAUGGAUUCAACUGGGCCGGGCUGAAAGGCAGGACUUUACCUUCUCCGCUGAAAAGAGAGCUGAAAGGACCUACAGACCACAGCUACUUUGACAGCUACCUUCCAGACGGGGACACGCCACCUGAUGAGCUGUCUGGAUGGGAUGUGGACUUCUGA